UUGAAUGAUAAUACCAAAUAUAAAUUUCUGAUCACUCUAAUUAUCGAGGAUAAUAUUGAUCUUAUAUAUCCAGCGACAGCCGUACAAAUUGUGACAGUAUUCAUACAAGUGAUCGGUCACUUCACAGCUUUUUCAGAUCUACCUAUAUAUAAUUAUACGUUUCUAUGACAAUCAUACGCACCUUGUGUUUCCAAGGCGAUAACAUCAACAACAUUAGCCAAUUGAUUCCUGUGUUAAACGCGAGUAAAACGUAAAUUCAAAUAUUGACAUGGAAAUCAGUAUAUUGAAAAUAUCGACAUGCUAGACUUUUGAAAACAUUGUAUUUAGUUAUUUUUGAAAUAAUAGACAUGGGAAACGGAUCGUCAAUAGAGAGUACCAAAACAGUUUUUCUGGACAUAAAUGGAAAGUCAGAAAAGAUCAUUUUCAGUAGACAUUGUAGUUCUAGAGAUAUACAUGACCUUAUUGCACAGGUUGCGGGGGUCGGCAAAUUCUGUGAAAUAUCACUGAAAGAUUGCCAAGGAGCACAUGUUCCAUUGGCUCCUACAAUGCCAAUGAACUCAAAUGGAUUGCCUUACAAAGUGGCCAUCAAAGACACAGCUCCUACGUCAGGUGAUAAUGAAGUCAUUGCUCAGGUACUGACAACCGUCACAGAACAAUUCAACAGACUAACUCUUACAGAUAGUGCAUCAGUAUUUAAAAUGGAAGAGCUAAAAUCGGAUAUAUCUUCGAGACUUACUGCAUUGGAACGCAAAAUGGAAAUCGAAGGACUUAAAUCUGUAGAAAUUGAGAAAUGUAAGCGAGAUAUAUCUGAAAUUAAAGACCAAAUAUGGACAGCCCAAAAGAAAUUUGUUGACUUUAACAGAAUAAGACCACUAGUAUAUGGAUAUGGUGUUGAUCCUUUUUACAGUUCGAUGAGCGAUGAGACGAAGAUUAGUUUAAAAAGGGAUGUUCCAGCUUAUCCAAAGUACACAUUAUCACAUGAGACAACAGACUACCUGAAGCAACCAACAUUUGAUAUCUGGCAUUGGGAACCUAAUGAGAUGCUUAGUUUGAUGGAGCAUAUGUAUCACGAACUUGGAUUAGUGGCAGAGUUUAGCAUAAAUCCAAUUACUCUAAAGCGAUGGAUUCUCUGUGUUCAAGAAAAUUACAGAAACAAUCCUUUCCAUAACUUCCGACAUUCUUUUUGUGUGACACAAAUGAUGUAUGGAAUGAUAAACCAAUGUCGGUUAUGGGACCACAUGUCCAGGGAAAGCCUUGGAAUUCUUAUGACAGCAUGCGUGUGCCACGAUUUGGAUCAUCCGGGAUAUAACAACACGUAUCAGAUAAAUGCACGAACAGAGCUUGCCAUUCGAUAUAACGAUAUUUCACCACUAGAAAAUCAUCAUUGUGCUAUAGCGUUCAAGAUUCUUUCUAAUCCUGAAUGCAAUAUUUUUUCGAACGUUGACAAGGACACAUUUAAACGAAUCCGCUCUGCAAUAACUAAUCUGAUUCUGGCCACAGACAUGGCACGACAUAAGGACAUAUUAGAGACCUUUAAAAGUAAACUCGAAAAAUUCGAUUUUACCAAUGAAGAACAUAGUCUGGCGCUGAAGAUGGUUUUAAUAAAAGCUUGUGAUAUUUCAAAUGAAGUCAGACCAAUGGAAGUAUCUGAACCUUGGGUGGAUUGUUUGUUAGAAGAAUAUUUCAAUCAGUCUGACAGAGAGAAAAGUGAAGGACUACCAGUAGCACCAUUUAUGGAUAGAGACAAAGUAACAAAGCCAACUGCUCAGAUUGGAUUUAUCAAAUUUGUAUUAAUCCCUAUGUUCGAAACGUUAUCAAAGUUAUUCCCAAUUUUAGAUGAAACUAUGGUAGAACCCUUGCGAACAGCUCGUGAUCGAUAUGAAAGCAUGAAAGAACAGGUAAAACAGCUGACAAAAUCAAAAUCAAGUGUAUCUUCUAAAACUGGAUGAUUUAACAUUAUCAUUUUGCUUUUUUGGUUUUUUUUUCUUUUUGUAAAUAUAUUCUACAACAGUAGGUUGUUAGCGUGUUUGUGCUUUUGUUAUUUUAUUAUUUACAAUUUAUAUCUAUCAUUUAAUGCGAAUUACUUUUAUUAAGGUGGAAAACUUUUUUAAAAAGCUUUUGUAAUUUUCCUUUUUUAUGUAUUGUUUAGUUUUAUGUUAUUGUAGUGAUCUGAAAUGGUAAAUGUUCGAUUAGAACAAACGACACCUCAUUAUAAGAUAAUUGACACUACAAUGCGAAAUGUUACUCGUUUGAUGAUCCGUACGAAAUUUAAAGGACGGAAGCUAAAUAAAAAAAAUUUUGUUUUAUUGUGUUAUUCAAAAGCAUUUCUUUGGUUGAUCGUCCGUUCGAAUAAAAUGUUUAUAUACUGAAAUAAAACAGUAAAUAUUGAUAUAAAAAGUUAUGAUACUUUGACGUUGAAAUUUUGCCUCUUUAACGUUUUUGAAUCUUUGUGAUAGUGGUUUAAGAUAAAAAUAAAUUAAUGAAUAUAUUAUAUUUAUCUAUCAAAGCUAUCAAAUGAAAGGCUAAUGAAUGUUGCAAUUUAUGAUGAUAUGAAUUUUUUUUUUUUAAACUAGAAUUUUUAAAUGAACAAAUGGGAAAAAUUAUUUUAUUUUGUUUAAUUUACUUUUCAUUUUUGCUUUAUUGUUUAGAACAAUACAAGAUUAAACGUUAUUUUGAAUUCAGAUUUCCAAUCAUGACAGAUUAUAAAUUCUUAAGAAAUUAUACAAAACCAUUUGUUUUCUGCUCAUUCCCAAUUUCCAUUCUCAAUAUAUUGUUAAAAUUACCUGAAAAAAUGACAGAAGCUAUCAGAGGGACAGUAAAAACCCUAAGUCGAAUAAAAUUCGACAGCACCGUGGCAAUAACAAAAUCAAAUUAUCGAAAGACAAACAGUAGUCUAAAAAGAUUACUUUGAAAACUAAAGACUAGGAAACAGUAAUCCUUCCAAUAGCUGAGGGUGACUGCAGGUACUCCGAAAAAUUCUGCUCAUAUGUGCUUUCGUCGUGUUGCUAAUUAUUAGUAUAAAGCAAGUUAUAUUUCUUAUUUGGUCAUAUCAUAAUCAGAAAACAGAUUGUUUCAGACAAAUACAGUUAGGACGUGACAAAUAGGGGUAGUAAUUUGUGUCGUUGUUUGGCUUUCUUUGUGACAUUUUUCUAAAUCUGACUUUUAUUUAUAACAAUUAAAUUGUCCUGAUAGUAAUUGCUGCAAUCAAAAUAAAUAAAAAAGAUCUAGACUUAAUACAGUGUUAUUUUGGUUUAAUCUAGUAUAAUUUACAAAACAAUAAACAAUAAAAUUUCAGAAUGCUCAAGAUGAAAAGGAAAAGAAAUGAACAUUGAGAACACAAUAGACAGUUGUUGAAGUUACAAUUCAAUUGACAUUAUGGUUGAAGCUCAUCAAAGACUCGUGAUAUAUGUGUCAUAGAUUAAGCACGAUUUCUGAUUUUAUGAAAACUUCUUUGAAUGAAGUUGCAUUUUAAUCGAAUGAUUAUGGUGAAUGAAGCCAAUAUUGUAUUAUAACUAUAAUUUCACGUUAAAACAUUACAGAGUAGUCUGGAGAAGCAACAUAUAUUUUAGUAUUCUCUAUUUUAUACUAAACUUUUUUAUCAGAGUUAUCCGAUGAAAUUAAUUCCGUAUUUGAAAUUUUCUGGCAUUUGCGAUAGGUAAUUUUUUCAAAAUUAUCUAUAACGGUUUUACCAGAAAAAAAAAUCUAACCUGAAAUUCAAUCAAUUGUUGUGUGUGUAUCACUAGUUACAAAUGACAUAGUUUUAUGUCUGAUCAGUAUGAUCCUUAACUAAAGCCUUACUGAUGUCGCUUCUCCAAACCGCUGUUUUGAGUAUUUUAUGAAAUAAAAAUGCAUAGAAUAUGAUGUUCACAGAUUCCUAACGUUAUAAAGGUGCACAGUUGUAAAGUAUUCGAUAUUUUGUUAGCUACUUCGAUGGAUAUUGUAUGCAAAAUGUUAAUAUAAAACUUUGAUAUCGCAAUCUUUUUAUUAUUUUUAGAUAAGCAAUUUGUCAUUUUCAUAGUACAUUUCAAUAAGUAUGGUUAAAUAGUUACAAUACACGAUAUUUUACAUAAACAAUAAUUGGAAGAUAAUGUACAAAUCCUGAAAAAAAUACUAUUAAUUUUACAUAAUUAAUAAAUGCACAUUUUGACAAAUUGAAAGGGAAAAAAAGACUUUUCAAUUUUUAUUUAAAACAGGACAUAACAUGUAUAUCAAUUUUGUAAUUAACUACUUCUCUCAGGGUUCUGAAAUUGAGGUUUUGUACAUGACUAUGUAUUGAGGUACUUAUGUAACAAGCAACCUGCCAAAAUAUAUGAUCUAUUUGGUAGAUUGUAUUAAGACUGUUAAUGAUGUUAAGGAGGUACAUGAAAAAUUUUCUUCGAUAAUUAAUUUGUUUAUAAUUUUUAUGUUUAUAUUUACAUUAUAUAACUGUACGUACCUGUUCUGUUAAUGAUUUACUAAAAAUAUGCCCAUUAGACAAAAUAUUAUUCAUCAUUAGUAAGGCCACACCAAUUUGAUUCCUUGUUCGACGGACCCGCCCGCACCUAUUUUUUUCAAAACAGAUUUUUUUUAAUUUUUAUUAUAUUCCCGCUUCCCGCAUCCGGAAAUGAAAUCAUGUCCAUUUCCCGCACCGUUUUUUGUAAAUAUUUUAUAAAGAUCUCAACAUUUGUUUUUUAAAAUCACAGUCUAGCCUUUAUAUAACGAUUUUAAACCUAUCAGCACCCCACAACACUGUAAGUAUCUGCGAGAAUAUUUGUUUCAGCAUGAAACCAAUUUAUUCCUAGCGGGAGUGCUCCAAUAUAAAUAGAAAUACCAGUACAGAACAAAACGUUGGUUUUUCUCCCCUAACUUAUAUUCCCUAUAAAAAAAAUGUUCGUUGUUAAAAUAAAGUACAAAGAA